AAGCGCCCCACGUGGCAAUCGGCUGCCGCCCGGGCGCGGCUCUGGCCAAGUGCGGCUCCCGGGCUCAAUAGCAUGAGAGAAGGACACCUAUUUUGAAUUCAUGGCUAAAGACAAGGUGGACUGGACCGUCAUCCUUUUAACAUGUCAACACAAGGACAGUGUGUUUGCCUUCCAAAAAGAGCUCGAGGCCCGCCGGGACCGUGGUUCCCUGGGUCGGCAGCCCAUCCUCCUCACUGUUGAAGACCCCAAGGCCGAGGUGGGCAGCGGAGGAGCCACCCUCAAUGCUCUCCUGGUGGCAGCCGAACACCUCAGCGCUCGAGCAGGCUGUACCGUAGUCACCUCUGAUGUCUUGCAAAAGGCCUGGAUUCUCAUCCUUCACAUGGGCCGGGACUUCUUGUUUGAUGACUGCAGCCGAGCAUUUACCUGCCUCCCACUGGAGGAUUCUGCUGCCCCGGUUGAGGCGCUCACCUGCAACCUGGACCAUCUCCUGACAACCCUGAUGCACCAGGUCUGCCGGGGCUCCCCACCUGGGGUGUGGGUUUGCAGCACUGACAUGCUUCUCACAGUCCCUACCAUGGCAGAGAUCAAUUGGCAGGGAUUCCAAGGCGCAAGAGUCAUUGCUGUGCCCGCGAGUGUCUCCUAUGCCCGGAACCAUGGAGUCUACCUUGCUGACGCCCAGGCCGUUGUGCAAGACAUCCUCUACCAAAGCCCUGAAGACCAGAUCCAGCCAUGCCUGCGGCCGGAUGGGAAGGUCCCCCUGGUGUGUGGGGUUGUCUUCUUCUCCUCCGAAACAGCAGAGCUGCUUCUGGCCACCCACGUGAUUCCCCCGCUCAACGCCUGCACCUACAUGGGCCUGGACUCGGGAGCCCCAGCCAUACAGUUGUCUCUCUUCUUUGACAUCCUGCUGUGCAUGGCUCAGGGGCUGAGCGAAGAGACCUUUGUGAACGGUCGGGGCCUGGCGACCGGCAGCGGAGACUCCCAGGAUGCAGGGGCGCGAAGGAGCGCCCGAAGCGUGCUGUGGAAGGCGCUCCACGCAGUGCCUCUCACAAUGGCCUACAUCCCUGAUGGUUGCUACGACUACUUGACCAGCUCUGCCAGUGAUCACAUUCGCCACCUCACACCCCACACGGACGCUGCCCACAGCAGCUCUUUCCGCAAAGUGGCACAUUCCCACGUGGCUGAGGCCCAGCUUCUGGAGGAAGGUUGCUCCAUCACCAACAGCCACUUGGAGGGAGCGGUGGCCGUGGGGCCUGGGAAUGUUAUUCAGCACUGCUGCUUGGAGGGCCCCUUGCAGAUCCGUUCUGGCUGCCUCCUCACUGGGCUGGACGUGGCAUCCUCCGUGGCCCUCAAGAGCCAUCCGCUUGAGGAUGUGAUCAUUCAGGGACACACUGUCAGGCUGAGAGACAUUGCCUGCAAAGUGUUCACCCUGAGUGGGCGUCAUGACAACUGGCAGAGUCCAGCAGAGGAAAAUGGCACCUACCUGAACAUGCCGUGGGCGGUGUUGUUCCUCAGGACUGGAAUACGGAGCCAAGACCUUUGGAGCCCCGACAUCUCCCCGAGCAGCCGCUGCCUGCUGAGUGCCCGCCUCUUCCCUGUGCUCCACCCCUCCGCGCCUUUGGCACUGGGAGACAUCCUGUGGCUCUUGGGCUGCCCAGGGGCUGGGCAGCUGCAGCGCUGGCGAUCGGCAUGGCGCAUGUCCUGGGAGGAGCUGCGGGAGUGCCUGGACCAGGAGGCGGAGCUGGCCUCCCGCAAGGCCCUCUUCUUCCUGCAGGCACAGAGCAAGACCCGCAGGGUACUGAUGGAGCACAGCAACUACAGCCUGCUACCUCUGCUCCGCUCAGCUGCCCUUGAGGGCUACCACGAGCCCAUGCUGAAGACGCUGGACCAUGUUGCAUCCACUGCUCAGGAUCUGGGGGUUGCUGCUCGGACUUUGGCCUGCAUCGCUGACCUCCUGGGCUGCAUGGCCAAAGGAGACGGGGGCUUACGGAGCGGCCCCGCAGCCAACGUGGCCUGGGCCUCUGCUUUCCGGCACCUUGAGAGGGGGAGCAUUUCUGAGGGCGUCAAGAAACUGGCUGUGGAAAGGAAGAAGUGGCUGGACAGGCCCAUCCUGCUGGUUCGAGCCGCCCGGCACUAUGAGGGGGCGGCGCAAAUCCUCAUCCGCCAGGCGGUGAUGUCCUCCUGCCGCUUCAUCAGCCUCAGCCCCGCUGCGCUGCCCCCCAUGGGCUGUUGGGUGACGGUGGAGUGUCCUGCUCGAAUUGACCUCUCUGGUGGCUGGAGCGACACUCCCCCCAUCACAUACGAGCACGGAGGGGCGGUGGUGGACCUGGCCGUCCUCGUGGAUGGGUGCAGGCCGAUUGGCGCCCGGGCCCAGCGCAUUGCAGAGCCGGAGUUGCAGCUGGUCAGCGCCUCUGGAGGCCUCGAGGGAGAGGUGGUGGUGAAGCUCAUGUGUCGGAACCUGGAGGACUUGCGGGAUCACUGCCAGCCUCAGGCACCAGGAGCAUUGCUGAAAGCAGCCUUCAUUUGUGCUGGAGUCGUGGACCUCUCUUCCCAGAAGGCCUUGCGGGAGCAGCUGAGGGAGCGCUUUGGGGGCGGCUUUGAGCUCCGCACCUGGUCUCGCCUGCCUCAUGGAUCGGGGCUGGGCACCAGCAGCAUCCUGGCUGGUGCUGUGAUGGCAUCAUUGUACCGGGCCUCGGGGCACUCUGCCAGCGUAGAGUCCCUGAUCCAUGAUGUGCUACACUUGGAGCAAGUCCUCACUACAGGCGGUGGGUGGCAGGACCAGGUUGGUGGGCUGAUGCCGGCACUCAAGAUCGGGCGCUCAAAGGCGCAGCUGCCGUUGAAAGUGGAAGUGGAGCGGCUGGCCACUCCGGACGGCUUCCUGCACACCCUGAACGAGCACCUGCUCUUGCUGUACACUGGAAAGACCCGUCUCGCCCGCAACCUGCUCCAGGAUGUUCUGAGGAACUGGUACGCCAGGCUGCCCACCCUCGUGCAGAACGCCCACGCCCUCGUGCAGAACGCAGAGGAGUGCGCCCAGGCUCUUCAGCAAGGCAACCUGGCUCUUUUGGGUAAGUGUAUUGAUCAGUACUGGUUGCAGAAGAAGAAGAUGGCACCUGGCUGUGAGCCUCUGGCGGUCCAGCGUAUGAUGGAGGUGCUGCAGCCAUAUGUCCAUGGGCAGAGCCUGGCUGGCGCUGGAGGUGGCGGCUUCCUCUACAUCUUAACUAAGGAGCCCAGGAAGAAGGAGGCCUUGCAGAGGAUCCUGGCAGAAACAGAGGGCCUGGGAAACUUCAGCAUCCACACGGUGGAGGUGGACACAGCUGGCUUCCAAAUGCAGCUUCUGGAGGAGGACUUCCAGCAAGAGCAAGCAGCACUGCAGCUUUCCCAGCCCACAACCUGCUAGGAGGCCUGUACAACAACUUUUCUCUAGGGAUGAAACAGCUCACUGGCUGAAGAACCUGUGCUUUGUUUCCAUGCACUCCUGCCCUGUUUGACUGCAGGGGUGGGGUGGGGUGAUGGGAGGAACACAUCCCAAGAGGCCUCUGGCAUCAGUAGCUGUCUGGCUCAAAGGAAAGAGCCUAUACACCUGUCAGGCCUCUUAAGAGCCUAGGAAGAGGCCUGCUGGAUCAGACUAGAAUCUAGGCCAACACCCUCUUUCCCAAGCAGACGCCUUUCGAAAGCUCUCAGGCAGGGCACGAGAGCCACGGUAAUGAUGGCAAUUUCAGGGAUCUUAUGCAGAGGUUCCUGGACAUAUUUUUUUUAUGGAAUGAAAUAACUAGAAAGCUAAUAUAGAUAUCCUCAAGAGAUUCACGUUCUCCGAGUUUUACUAUUUCCUGCAACCAUCUCAAUACUUAGUGGGCCUAAUCCAGCAGGAGUGAGUUGUGAUUGAAUUCCAUUGGAAACUAUUAAAAGGGACUGAGGCACGG